AUGUCCUCGGUGAAUCUCCCAGUGAUAGUUAUCGUUCCAGGUGCCUUCGGCACACCUGAAGGUUUCGAUGGAUUGAAACCAUAUCUGACCAAAGCCGGAUACACAACACACUCAGGAGCAUAUCCUAGUUGUAAUCCUUCUGAUCCGGCCAACGUUUCAUCUGCUCAGGAUAUCGCUUUCUUGCGCAACAAUGUAUUACUUCCACUUUUGAACGAGGAGGGUAAAGAUGUUGUCAUCAUUGCCCACUCAUACGGGGGUGUUGUUGCAGGUGGUGCAGCAAAAGAACUUUCGAAGGAGACAAGAAGAGCUCAAGGUCAAGGCACUGGCGUCGUUGGUCUGAUUUAUGUGGUGGGCAAUAUUACACUCGAAGGAGAAUCUCUCCUCACUGCUGUAGGCGGCGCCUACCCUCCUUUUAUCAAAGUCAACAAGCCAUCCCAGGGCCUUUCUCUCAUCGAACCGGCAAUGGAUAUUUUGUACAAUGACUGCGACCGUGCUCUUGAGCCGGAAUUGGAGAAGCUAAUGCAGCCACACGGACUCCAAGCUUUUGAAACACCCGCCACUGCCCCAGCUUGGGCAGAGAGAGCAUUUGAUGGCAGGAGGGCGUAUGUGCGUACACUGGAAGACUGUUGUAACCCUUCAUUCUUGCAGGAUAUGUGGCUGGAGAAGUCCAAUGUCAAAUGGGAAGUUGUGGACUUCAAGACUGGACACAUGCCAUUUGUGAGCCAUCCCCAGGCUUUGGCGGAGCAGAUUAUCAAGUUCACUAAUGGUUUUAUUGCAAAAUAA